AUGGCACCUGAAGGCCUGACGAUGCACCGAGCUCUGACCAUCCAGGAGCUCGUCUGCCUGAUCGCCGGCGAAGUUGACGGCAAACAUGCGUUACGCGCGCUGGCGCUCACAUGCCGCGCGUUCCACGAGCCCGCCUUGGAUGGCCUAUGGUUCUUUCCGAACGAUGGGUUGGUCAAUCUUGUCAAGGUAUUGCCGACAGACCUAUGGGAAGUCGCGGGGAUAUCUGAGACUGGACAGGAGACACUGACGGUCAGGGAGCCUACGAGGCCGACCACGCAACUUGACUGGGAGCGCUUCGACUUCUACGCACACCGGAUCCGAGGACUUGAUGUCGUUACAAAGACCAACAACUUGAAGACGUCUCUGGCUCAGGCUCUCUCGGCGAACCUAUUCCACUGGCUCGUUUCUGCGCGGCCUUCCCAUCGCCUGCUGCCUAACCUGACAUCCCUGGAAUGGAAGGCAGAAGGGGAUUCUGGAUACGAUGACUCUGCGUACAUGCUCGUUGGACCACACCUCGUGAAACUGACCCUAGACUUGCAUGACCCCUGGGAAAUGUCCGACGAACAUUCUUCCGCUGUAUUGCUUCGCUACGCUCAGCGUUGCCCAGACAUACGUGACAUGUGUUUCGUCGCACCUCGACACGGAGACCCUAUCCAGGGUGGGGUCUUCGCCCCAUUCAAGAUGCUGACGACGCUCACACUACGCUCGCCUCUGACACAUGACGUUCUCGUCGACUUGUCCACUUUACCAAAACUUGCCGACCUUGAAGUGGACCUCACUUUGACGUCGGACAUCGAGGACGAGAUCAUUGUUCCUGGAAGAGUGGCAGUGUCCUUUUCCUCUCCUAAUCUGACUUUCCGCAGACUGGUGUCCCUGGAUCUCAACAUGCCCGUGGAUGUCGCUAACACGGUGAUCUCCCCGUACCGCUUUCCUCAACUUGAAGAUAUAUCCCUGAAAGCGCACCGCGCCACCAACGCGGUGACUCUCGAGGAGACUUUCGAGCUCAUCCGCGAACACUGCAAUCACAAUGGGUUGGAAGCCAUUCGAAUCGACGGUGGCGAGUAUGCACAAGAUUACGAAAUAGGUGUGCACGGGCAAGCCAUCACCGCAGCGUCGUUGACCAGCUUGUGCGUCUUCCGUCACCUGCGUGUCCUCGAUAUCUGCAUCGAGGCACACAUCGUCCUCAACGACAACGCAGUCAAGGAAAUGGCCAUGUCGUGGCCUCAGCUAGAAGUGCUCUCCCUUGUGAGCAUGGCCAAGUAUCCCUGGGCGACCCCGAGCCCGCCUGGGACGACGCUCGUAGGCCUCGCACAUCUCGCUCGGUACUGCCCCUCGCUGCGGCGGUUGACAAUGGAUGUGGACACGCACCGACUGGACACUGUUCCCGAUCCCGUCAAGCUCGGCGACGGCUUCCGUAAUCGAGUGUUGGAGCGGAUCGAAAUUCCCGAGUACCCCGCACUGGGUAGCUGCGCGAAGAUAGGCGCUUUCCUGCAUGCGAUCUUCCCCAAACUCCAGUGGAUCAUCGGUCUGAGUGACAGGGAACAUAAAUCUUGGGCAAUAGUGCAGGAGGUCAUUGGGGGUAUUCGGCUCGCGUCCGAGUGGGAAAAGGGUGCUGGAUCGCAAGUGGCUUGA